GUGUGCGUGUGCGUGUGCGUGGCGCGUGUGCGUGGCGCGUGCGCGUGCGUGUGUGUGUGUGUGGGGGGGAUGUAGGUGUGUGUGUGUGUUAGCAGGGUAUUGGAAGCAAUAUGUUGAGAAAAAUUUAUUAUUCUAGUAUUUCAUUGAUAAUAGCGGAGCUUGGUAUUUCUAUACUGGGGGGGGGGGGGAGGAGAGCAGAGAUAAAUAACUUUAUUUAGGAAUUCCACGCUAGCAGUGGAACUCGCUGGAGAAGCGGGACUACUCGAGAUUAGGGAAUAUAAAGGACUGGGAAACGAGGAAAGAGGGGAAUCAGGGGGAAUUUCCUAUACUGUGUAAUAAUGGCAUUAAAACCACAAGUAAAUAAUGAAUUUGAAGAAAAACCAAAAUUCAAUAGACCAAUAGUAUGGCGUAAUGUAAUUAUUUUAUUGUUGCUACAUCUUGGUGCCCUGGGUGGACUUUACCUCUCAUUUACAUCGGCCAAACAUAUGACUACUUUUUUCGCAAUUUUUCUAUAUGAAUUUAGCCUUUUGGGAAUCUCAGCUGGGGCUCAUCGACUUUAGUCCCAUCGAUCCUACAAAGCCAAGUGGCCUCUCCAAUUGCUGCUGGCAUUCAUGAACACUGUAGCUUUUCAGAAUUCCGUGAUUGUAUGGGCCAGGGACCACAGGGUACGCCAUAAAUUUAGUGAUACUGACGCCGACCCACAUAACCCCAACGUCGGAUUUUUUUUUUCCCAUAUAGGCUGGCUGCUUUGCAAAAAACAUCCCGACGUCACGAAAAAAGGCAAAACCAUUGAUAUUUCUGAUCUAGAGAGCAAUGCAAUACUAGCUUUUCAAAAGAAAUAUUAUACGAUAUUGAUGAUAUUGCUCUGCUUCGUUUUGCCAACCGUUAUCCCGGUCGUAUUUUGGGAAGAAAAAUGGCUAAACGCCUUCUUAAUCCCCGGCGUUCUUCGUCAUAUUUUGCAACUAAAUGUAGCUUUAAUGAUUAACUCAAUAGGCCACAGAUAUGGUUAUAAAACAUAUGACAAAUAAGUAUCAAUCAAUUAAUAGUCUUAUAUAGUCGAAUAUACUUUUAAAUCAAAUUUUGUACGUAAUCAGCAUUUAAUUACAGCUGCUUUCUUGAUUGUUACAGAUACAUAAACCCAGCAGAUAAUAUAAUUUUUUCUAUAUUUUCCUCGGGAGAAGGAUGGCACAAUUAUCAUCAUGUCUUCCCUUACGACUACAGAUCAAUUGAAUUGAAAAGUACAAUUAAUUUAACAAAAACGUUUAUCGAAUUUUUCGAAAAAAUCGGUUGGGCCUACGAUUUGAAAUAUGCAUCGGAUAAAACGAUAAGAAACCGUAUGAAGAGAACGGGCGACGGAUAAUGGGUCAAACAGUAUAAUUAUAAUUAAAUCAAUAAAAUAAUUUUUGGUUUACAGUUUUUCUUAGUUCUUUUUUCAUAUGCAAUUUUAAGAUAUUAUAAGAUUUUUUGUAAAAGUUAAUUUAUAAUUUAAUAAUUCAAAUUUUCUUUGAGAUAUUAUAAAAUUAAUUGGCAAAUUGUAAAUUAUUUUUUUAUUCAAAUAUGAAUUAAUUUUAAGUCAGAGAAUGGUAUUGUACAUUUACUGUAAAAAAGUUGAUAUAAUAAUAUACGAAGGGAAAAGAAAUAUUUUACCUUGAAAAUAAACAAUUAAAUGGAUGGAAAUACAGAAUUGUUUAAUUUAUAAGAGUUAUGGUUAUUUUAUGCACAAGUUAUAACAAUAUUUUUGAAAAUAAAGGUUACAUAUUUCUAUGACAUUUCAAGUAACCAAAUAUAAAAUUACAAACUUGACAAAAAAAGUUUUUUUAAGCUUAUGUGAACGUUUUCAAUUUCGGUUCAUGUAAAAAGGGAGUUAUGGAAAUAAAUAUUAUUUUUGUAUUGAAA